ACCAUUUGACUCCCGGGUGUGGAGCGGGGACCUACCGGCUAAAGGGACGCUGCGGUGGCUCUUCCUGGCAGGAUAACUGACCGGAGCUGCUCCUGCUCCGUUUAGUGGGCUCCACCUUUGGGAACGGGAAGUGAAGUUCGGUGAAACUUUCAGCUUUUGUCCUUCUGCUGUGUUUUGACUCAACUCCGAGCAUGAACGGUAUCAGGAGAGAUGAUGGCUCAUCAGCUGCUGCUGCUGUGGUGCCACCCAAACCCAGUGAGGAGGAGCUGGGAAAUUCCAUCACACACAGUCAGAACAGACAGGAUCCAACCGUCUCACAGCCACAGAGGUUGGGGGUGAUGGGAGUUGUGCAGAAAGUCAACCCCUUCAAGUCUGCCUCCAAAGCGGCGUCCUCCUCCACGGUCUGCAAAGCUCCACCCUCUGAAUCACUAGAACGGGCAGCAGACCCCACACAGAACCCUGGGAUGCUGAAAGGAGUCCUACAGAAAGUCAACCCAUUCAAGUCCACAUCACAGGUGUCUAACAAAACACCAUCCGCGGAGUCACUGGAGCAGGGGAAUGUUCCAGAAUCGGCUCGGUUGCCAACAAGUGCUCUAGCUCAUCCUCAAGAACCUGCAGUCCCCAAAGAGGCUGCUAAUGAGCCUGAAAGCCAGCAGAAUCCGGGGGCGAUGAGGGGCCUGAUUCAGAAAGUCAGCCCGUUCAGAUCCUCCCAACCAAAGGACAUACAGCCUCUACAUGGUGACGUCUCCUCCAGCAGCAGGAGCUUAGUGGACAACAGCAAGGUCUCAGAGAAAGAGAAUCCUGGAGUGUUGAGAGGAAUGAUGCAGAAAGCAAACCCGUUUAGGUUAAACACAAAGGUGGCAGAGACCAACUCGUCAGCUCCCGCUAACAAACCUGAGGAUGGAAACAGUGAGACCUCCAGCAGCUCUGAGAGCUUGGAUGGUGGCACAAUAGAAAAAUAUACUAUUUGGCAUGCUGAUGCAGACGCCAGCAGGGAGGUGAAAAGUCAAACCACGGAGAUGCCGACUUUUAUUUUGAAAAGGAUUCUUCCUACAGCGCUUUUCAGAUCAGAAAAGAAGGAAGAGAAAGUUGAAGUUCAAACACUCCAGCUUGCUGAAGUACCCAUACCAGGUGAAGGGACACGGCUGGAACCUCUGGAUGAUGAAGACGGCCUCUUGGCAUGGUGGGGAACUGUUCAAGGAUGGGAUGAGUGGAACCAAGCAAACCAAGAUGAUGAAGCUGAAGAAGUGGUUGAACAGGCUGCUGAUCGAGUGUUCCUGGCCAGUCGUCUUUUUGUCCGUUUAUUCAAUCAGAGGGGCGCGUCGCUCCAGCAGCGCAUCCUGGAGCUCCUUAACUUGGCCGACGCCGCCGACAACUUCCACAUGAAAACUGUCACAGCCAGUGUGGGUGGAGGGUUGGCGAGCGUGGCUGGGUCUGUCACUACCAUCACUGGCCUAAUCCUGGCUCCAUUUACAGCGGGAACGUCGCUCAUUGUCACGGCGGUGGGUAUCAGCAUAGCUACAGCAGGUGGUCUGACGUCCGCGUCGGCCAACAUCACAGACACGGUCCAUUCAAAGACGGACCGAAAGAAGGUGGAGAAGAUGAUUCAAGAUUACCAGAGAGAGAUAAAGGACAUCAAAGAGUGCCUAGACUUUUUACAGAAAGGGAUGGAAACACUCGAAGAUUGGAACUUUGAGAAAUACACAGAAAGCAUCUCAAACAAGUACUUAAACCAGAAUGUCAAGCACGUCAUGAAGGAGGGUGGUCGAGCCGGCAAAGCUUUAGUGAUAAACACCGAGACCCUGAUCAAUACCGUCCAGGUCCUUGGUGUCGCUGGUGGCGCUGCUAAAGCCGCUCAGGUGAUAAGCGUCACUACCGGAGUGAUGUCUGGUCUCUUCUUGGCCCUUGACAUGUUUUUCCUGGCAAAGGACUCCAUGGAACUAAAGAAGGGAGCCAAGACUGAGUUUGCUGCUAAGAUCCGGGAGGUUUGUAAGGACCUUCAGGAUGGUCUGCUGGAGCUGAACAGAAUCAAAGAAGAGCUGCAGAAAACUAUGGAAGGGAUAGAGGUGGAGGUUGAAGAGGAAAAUGAAGAGUCGUUGAAGUCUGAUUUGAAGAAACUUAAAAUUAAAGAAUAGUUUUCAAGCAGCUUAAACCAAAACCAUCGAGACCUAAAAAUCAAAAGCAAUCAACAAGCAAUAUAGUGUCAAGGAACUCUGACAAUCUUCUUCUGUUCACCAUCUUACCACAGGAGUCCCCAGGGCUCAGUACUGGGA